CAACUCCCCCAGACGCUCUAUAUUACUCCACAAACCUAUCCCCGUCUUCUUAAUAGAAGGAUUCAGGGGUGCCUUGAUUUGUCGCUGCAAUUCGGUUCGCUAGGGAUUGUUGAUCGGAGGAUGUCGAUGGCGGCGGUGGGUCGGAGUAGGGCGACGGAGCGGAUCAAGGGGCCGUGGAGCCCGGGGGAGGAUGAGACGCUGCGGCGGCUGGUGGAGCAGCACGGGCCGAGGAACUGGAGUUUGAUCAGCCGGUCUAUUCCCGGGCGGUCCGGCAAGUCGUGCCGCUUGCGGUGGUGUAACCAGCUGUCGCCGCAGGUGGAGCACCGGCCCUUCACGGAGGAGGAAGACGAGACGAUCGUCCGCGCCCACCGCCGGUUUGGGAAUAAGUGGGCUACGAUCGCCCGACUCUUGUCCGGCCGCACCGACAACGCCAUAAAGAACCACUGGAAUUCCACCCUCAAGCGAAAGUCCUCCUGGCUGACCGACGCGGCGGCGCCUUCGGGCGGAGAGGAGGAGUUUCCGACCCCGCCGCUGAAGAGGGCGCGCAGCGUCGGGCCGGCGCUCGCGUCCGCGGAACUUUGUCUGAACCCCGACAGCUCUUCCAGGUCCGAUUCGAGCGACUCCAGCCAACGAACGCAGGCAGAAGCAGCGUCGCAGCUUCCGGUUGCCAGAACCGGAGCCGUCGCGCCGCCGCCUUCCUAUUACUCUCCCCCUUUUCAAGAGCAGCAGUGCGACUUCACGGCGGAGGCUCCGGCUUCGGCUUCUCAGCCUCCCGCCGACGAACACGAUCCCCUGACGUCUCUGACGCUGGCUCUGCCCGGGUCAGAUCGAGUGGCGGACAUGCCCGACCAGAAAAAGAGCAGCAGAGAUGACUCCUGCAGUGAUGCGCCGAGGCAACUCGAAGAGACGACGCCGCUGCUGCCGGCGGAAGGCGGCGAUCCGCCUUUCCAAUUUAGCCAGGAGUUCUUGGCGGCGAUGCAAGAGAUGAUCCGCAACGAAGUGAGGAGCUACAUGUCGAGGCUACCGCUUCUGGAGGCUUCCAUCCGCGACUCGGCCCACAAGAGCAUCGGGCUGAUCAAGAUCGACUCGGAUUAAACACUUUUUCUAAAGGUGAGAAAAAUGCUGAGAUUCUAGAGCCAUCUACUUCAAAUUCACUACUUUUGUUGAAGAUCCGUGCUUUUUUACUAGCUUCUCUGCUUCGAACUAGAGAUUUACCACAAUGCAUCUCUUGCUAAGAAAUGCUUAAAUUGUUUAAACAUCAAUAUAGAGUUUAUCAA